AUGGAUCCAGAUGAAGUUAAGGAGCGAGUAGGUAAAGGGAUAUCCCAGCCGGAUAGGGUUUCAUUGGGACAGCACCAAGUUAAAGAAGUGGAUGAAAAUCCACAAGUACCGGAGGACAAUGUUCCAUUAGCAAGGGCUGUAGCCUCAGCCUUUCAGAAUUUAGCGAGUACCACAGCUCUUCAAGUGUUUAAUAAAUUCAUUAAAGUAGCAUUCGAGGGAGGUCCAGACCCGUUUGUUGCAGACGACUGGCUUGAUGAAGUUGAAAAGCAUUUAAGGGCAAUAGAUAUACCUGAUGAUCGGUUGAAGACCACCUUAGCCACGUAUAAGUUUGUUAAAGACACGGCAGUAUGGUGGAAGACCAUGACUAGUGCACACAAUAUUGAUAGUAUGAGUUGGGAUUCAUUUAAGAAUUUUUUCUUUGAUAAGUAUUUCCCGCAGACCAAGAGACGGGAAUUGAGGACGCAGUUUGACGGGCUUGAACAAGGUGACAUGUCAGUGACAGAGUAUGAGAAUAAGUUCACGUCUCUUUCACGUUUCACUACAGAUGUGUCAGGGAACGAAGAAGAGAAGACAUGGCGGUUUGUGUACGGUCUAAAUCGUUCUAUUAGGCCGGGGGUGACACUUUUGGGAUUGAAGAAUUAUUCGGAAGCGGUUACGAAAGCACUGAUGGCAGAAACAGAGGCCAAAGAUUAA